ACCGCUACAGACACAUCCUGGGGCUGUGGCAGCCAGACAUCGGGCCCUACGGAGGACUGCUGAACGUGGUGGUGGACGGCUUGUUCAUCAUUGGCUGGAUGUACCUGCCUCCCCACGACCCUCAUGUGGACGACCCCAUGCGAUUCAAGCCCUUGUUCAGGGUCCACCUGAUGGAGAGAAAGUCUGCCACGGUGGAGUGCAUGUAUGGCCACAGAGGGCCCCACAAUGGCCACAUCCAGAUUGUGAAGAAGGACGAGUUCUCCACCAAGUGCAACCAGACGGACCACCACAGGAUGUCUGGCGGGAGGCAGGAGGAAUUCCGCACGUGGCUGAGGGAAGAAUGGGGGCGGACACUGGAGGACAUUUUCCACGAGCACAUGCAGGAGCUCAUCCUGAUGAAGUUUAUCUACACUAGUCAGUACGACAACUGCCUGACGUACCGCCGCAUCUACCUCCCGCCCAGCCACCCGGACGACCUCAUCAGACCCGGCCUCUUCAAAGGCACCUAUGGCAGCCACGGCCUAGAGAUCGUCAUGCUCAGCUUCCACGGGAAGCGGGCCAGGGGCACGAAGAUCACGGGUGACCCCAACAUCCCUGCGGGGCAGCAGACGGUGGAGAUCGACCUCAUGCACCGCAUCCAGCUGCCCGACGUGGAGAGCCUCCGCAGCUUCAACGAGCUGUCCCGCAUCGUCCUGGAGGUUCGGGAGCAGGUGCGCCAGGAGCAGCAGCAGCAGGAGGACGGGGCCGAGGACGGCGAGGGCCGCGCCCCGCAGAGCCCCCGCGAGCCCCAGCGGGGCCCUGCCCAGCCCAGCGUGGAGCUGCCUGCCGAGAAGGGCGGGGGGCCUGCGGACGGAGAGGCCGCGGCCGCAGCGGCGCCUGCACCCGAGCAGCCGGCCCAGUCCGGGCAGGGGCAGCCGUUCGUGUUGCCUGUGGGCGUGAGCUCGCGCAACGAGGACUACCCCCGCACCUGCAGGAUGUGUUUUUACGGCACGGGCCUCAUCGCCGGCCACGGCUUCACCAGCCCUGAGCGCACUCCUGGAGUCUUUAUCCUGUUCGACGAGGACCGCUUCGGGUUCAUCUGGCUCGAGCUGAAAUCCUUCAGCCUGUACAGCAGGGUGCGGGCCACCUUCCGGAACGCAGAGGCGCCGUCCCCACAGGCUUUCGAGGAGAUGCUGAAGAACAUCCAGUCCCUGACCUCCUGACGGGCCACUUCCUGUGGGGCGGCUCCCGGGGCCCCGGACCCUGCCGCC